UUUAAAUAGUAAAACGAAAAUAUGGCAUAGAAAGAUCUUUCACACAAGCGUUUCUCCUCUUCGGCGAUCUGUUCGGCUGAUAAACAAACUUUUCUUGCCUUCUAAAUUUUCUCAAUUCUAAAUCUUUCUGUGGAAUAGAAUUUACAUUCCAAGAAAUUCUAAAGAUCGUUAAUAAUUUUAAGUUGGAAGAAGAAUCCCAAGAGACGUUCCCAAAAGGAAGCACACAGCAAAAAAGCUUUAUAAUGAUGGAUAGUUUGUGUUUGAAUACCGGCUUACACGGCGUUAUUCCAGCGAUCACUGCGGUUGGAAGCGGCGUAAGCGGUUACGGUGGAGUUGUUGAAGUCAGAGCAACCGCAACGGCGCCAUCGCAAAAAAGGGGACCUUUUGGGUUCUCUUUCAAAUACCCAUUGACGCCGUUUUGGUCUCGCGGUGGAGGAGGAAUUGCGUCGAAGAGACGAAGCGGGUUGGCUUUGGACGACGCCGUUUUGGUGGAUUCUGGCGACUCGAGAAAGCCAAUCGCGGAGGAGACCACGGCGGUGGAAAUGGAGACGGAGAGGCGAAAUGGGAGCUGGGUUUUAAAGAUCUUGGAUGUGAAAUCUAUGUGGAGAGAUGGUGAGGUAGAAGAAGAAGAAUAUGAUGAUGAAGAUGAAGACCAGGAUGUAUUAGACGACAAAAUAUUAUCUGAAGAUGAUGGUGACUGCGAUGUAUGUUCGAUUUUGGAAGAUGAUGGUGAAAAAAACAAAAUUCAGCUCGAUAGAGAAUCGUUCUCGAAAUUGCUGAGGAGGGUUUCGUUACCCGAAUCAAAGCUCUAUGCCCAAAUGUCCUAUUUGGGAAACUUGGCUUAUUCAAUUUCUAAAAUCAAGCCUGCGAAUCUCUCGAAGUAUUACGGCCUUAGAUUUGUUACUUCAUCAGCUGAGAAAACAGAAUCAGCUUUAAAAGCUGAAAAUGGUGAAGUUUCAGGUGAGAUGAAGACAAACGAAGAAGAAGAAGAAGUUGAAGGCAAAGACGACAAGAAGGAAGGACGCAAGAUUAGUGCUUCUGCUGCAUAUGAGAUAGUUGCAUCAGCUGCUUCUUACCUUCAGUCUCGCACAACCAACAUACUUCCUUUCAAUUCUUCGUCCAAAACAGAGAAUUCAUUCAAAGGCGACGAGAAUCUGGCAAAUGUGGAGUCUGCUUCUUCUUUAACCAACAUUGUUACUUCUGGUGUUGCUGCUGAGGAAGAUGUGAAGCAAGCAGUUGCAGACGAUUUGAAAUCUACGAUUUCGUCUCCUUGCGAUUGGUUUAUAUGUGAUGAUGAUCAGACUCACACCAGAUUCUUUGUGAUUCAGGGAUCUGAAUCUCUAGCUUCUUGGCAGGCAAACCUACUCUUCGAGCCUAUCGAAUUUGAGGGACUUGGUGCGAUCGUUCACAGAGGAAUUUACGAGGCUGCAAAAGGAAUGUACGAACAAAUGCUACCUGAAGUUAAAGCUCAUAUCGAAACUCACGGAAACCGAGCUAAGUUCCGGUUCACAGGGCAUUCAUUAGGCGGAAGCUUAUCGCUAUUACUAAACCUCAUGUUACUGAUUCGAGGCCAAGUACAUGCUUCUUCUCUGCUCCCGGUUAUAACAUUUGGUGCGCCGUUUGUAAUAUGUGGAGGCGAUCGUCUUCUUAAAAAACUCGGAUUGCCUAAAAGCCAUGUUCAAGCUAUCACAAUGCACCGUGACAUUGUCCCCAGAGCCUUUUCUUGUAAUUAUCCGUACCAUGUCGCAGAGCUUCUCAAAGCUGUUAACGGAAACUUCCGUAGCCAUCCUUGUCUUAACAAGCAGAGUAUGUUGUAUUCUCCGAUGGGGAAGCUUCUGAUUCUUCAACCGGAUGAGACAUUCUCUCCCGGACACGACCUUCUUCCUCCGGGAAAUGGUUUAUAUCUUCUAACCGGGGAUUAUGAAUCGCCGGUUAAUGAAGGUUCGGAGGAGGAACAACGGUUAAGAGCUGCGCAGACAGUUUUCUUGAACACGCCGCAUCCUCUAGACAUUCUUAGCGACAGAUCGGCUUACGGGUCGGGAGGAACAAUCCAAAGGGACCACGACAUGAACUCCUAUCUGAAAUCGGUUAGGAGUGUAAUAAGAAAAGAAGUGAAUCAGAUAAGGAGAGCGAAGAGGGAGCAUCGCCGGAGUCUCUGGUGGCCGAUUCUGGUGGCUAGAGAAAGUGGGAGCGCAGGGAUUGCGAUGGGCAACAGACAAAUCAACGGUCAGGGUUUCUCCGGGAUGAUGAAGACAGGAAGAAAGUCGUUGCAGAGAUUCAGCCGCCUUGUGGCGUCUCAACAUAUGCCUUUGAUUGUUGUCCUCUUGUUUCCGGUUAAGUUGUUGUGCCUCGGAGCUUUCAAUGUCUUUAGUUUCCGUUGAAAGGUUCUUUUUGGCGGGUUUUGGCCUUUUGCGUAUACCGGUUUAGACCGGAUUUUGGUAAUGACCGGUUAAGAUCAUUCUUUAUUCAUCAUAUGUUAUUUUGUUUCUUUGGUUGUUUGUUGGGCCCAUUGGAAGCUUUUUUCGGUUAGAUACAUUGGUUUCAUGCAUAAAGGUUGUGCAAAAGAAACAAAAGGGACCGGACAUUGAAAGCAAUGUAAAAUCUAAACUUUUUAGAAAGAAGCAUGUAUAUCAGUAUAUGUAUGUAGUGGGGAAAACGAAAUUGGUUACUCUCAAUUGGUC